AUGAGCAAUAUAUUUAAACUUAAAUUAAGUGCACUGGGUCAUCCCAAUCCAGAAACCUUCAAUUGCGAAGAUGAAAAAGAAUACAGAAGCGUAGUUCUGUGGCUUGAAGAUCAGAAGAUUAGACACUAUAAAAUAGAAGAGCGCGAGGGUUUGAGGAAUAUUGAUGAUGAUGCUUGGAUAUCAGCCUACAACACCUAUCAAAAUGAUUUAGUAAGUCCUGUAACUGAAGGCACUCCAAAUGAGCAGUUGAACUGGCUACUUUCGUAUGCUGUGAGACUUGAAUAUGCAGAUAAUGCUGAGAAAUAUAAGGAAGCAAAAUACGAGCAACCAAAACAGGCAGCACCAAAUGUAGUGACUUCAAAUCCUCUGGACAACCUUGACUUUGAUUGCCCAGCUUUCAAAGCAGGUGUGGAAAGAAUAUGUACAUUAGCUGGAGUGGGGCCACAUUUAGAUCCAAAGUUUAGACUAGCUGCUUUAGCAAAGAUUUUGAACACAAAACCACACCCUGACCCACCAACAACAGAAGCUAAUAUUAUUCAACAACCUGCUGAUGUUUUAAAACUACUCUUUGUGCAAGACCUGAGAGAAUUGCAAACCACAAUUAAUGAGGCAUUGGUUGCUGUACAAACGGUUACUGCAGAUCCUCGGACUGACACUAAGCUUGGACGAGUUGGAAGAUAA